GAGACGUGGAGCUCUCACGGAGGAUCGGAACGCCUUGGCAGAACGAUACUCGCCAACUCGGCGGUAUUCGAGCUUCCAGGACCACAAGAAGUGCCAACAGAUGCUGGACAACAUCGAGAUGCCGACGCACUGCGCAUUGUUGCUACGGUCCGGGAAGGAGUACCAUUGUCCCAAGCGCCUGGGACUUUCGCUGUCUAACCUGCCGCCAGUGCCACACGCCAUCCAGAGCGCGAGAGCAGGGAAGCAGGAGUCCCCAAAGCCGCUUCACUUUGGUGCCGUUACGGCCCGGGAGUCCAUUAGCGUCCGCAGCCGCCUCGAGCGCAAGCAGGCCGUGCGAAUGUCAGAGCCCCUGCAG